AUGAGAGCGGGGGCAGGACGACAGUGGCGGCGGUGGCAUCCUUCACCCCCACCCUCGCCCCUCAUUCACUCCCCCCGUCCUCUGCCUCACCCUCUCGUCCUCUGCCCUGCCUUCUCACCCACCUUGCCCUCUCAGCCCUCUCGCCCUAUCGCCCCUCUCAUCCUCUCGCCCUAUCGCCCACCUUGCCCUAUCGCCCACCUUGCCCUAUCGCCCACCUUGCCCUAUCGCCCACCUUGCCCUAUCGCCCAUCUUGCCCUAUCGCCCACCUUGCCCUCUCACCCUAUCACCCUAUCGCCCACCUUGCCCUAUCGCCCAUCUCACCCCAUUGCCCACCUUGCCCUCUCGCCCACCUUGCCCUCUUGUCCUCUUGCCCUAUCGCCCCUCUUGUCCUCUUGCCCUAUCGCCCACCUUGCCCUAUCACCCGCCUCCCGCCUCGGCCUCUUCCCCGCCGUCUCGCCGGCCUUGCCCUCUCACCCGCCUCGCCAUGUCGCCUGCCUCGCCCUCUGCCCCGCCUUCUUCCCCUUGUCCAUUCUCCCCCCUCACCUGUUCACCCUUGCCUCCGUCUCCUCACCCUUCGCCUCUCGCUCUCCACCACUCGCCCCCUCGCCCCCUCGAGGGGACCCUCCAAUCCUCCGACCAGCGAACGACCAGUAG